AUGUGGUCGACUUUGCUCAAAUUGUGUCUUGUUUCGGUGACUGUGUCACGCUUACAAGCACGUGUUCUUCUCGAACCUUCUGGUAAGUAUCAAGAAUAGUUGACGACAAAACAAAACGUACAUUCCCUUUCCAGCAUUCGCAUCCUACGAUGACGGCGUCGCCCGUAACACCUUCUUUCCCCUGGCCGCGGCCGCUUAUUCAUCGAAUCCGCAGACUUGUCUUUCGGCAAAAUUCGGAAACGCACAGGUAGUAUUUGGCUCAAGCUCACUGAAUUCGAAUGCAAUCUUUGCAGCUCCGUCGCCAACUGAACGUGAAGUGCGAUGCGACGAAAGAAGACAUUUGCUCUGCUUACACCGCCGUGCUCGUCGACAAUCAGGCUAUUGUGCUCAGUUUCAGGUAAGUAAUCUAUACGUCCACUUCAUACUCGAAACUCAAAAACAGUGCCGGUUUCCAGAGGUACGCAAGGUUUCCUUCAAUUGAUCGAAGAAGCCGACAAGUCGGUAUUCCAAUCGCAGACCGCGUGGAUCGCCGGCGGAAAAGUCUCGAAAUACUUUGGCGACGCGUUCAACACUCUGUGGACGUCGGGAAUGAAGGACGACGUGAACGCCCUCCUCCAGAAGUAUCCGACGUUCGAAGUUUGGGUGACGGGGCACUCGCUCGGCGGCUCGAUGGCCUCUCUCGCCGCUUCGUACAUUGUCGCCAACAAGAUCAAGAGCGGCGACAAGGUGAAACUGAUCAGUUACGGACAGCCGAGGACCGGCGACAGUGCGUGGGCGAUCGCUCAUGACGGACAAAUGCAGUAUUCGUACAGAAUCACGCAUAAUCGCGACGUCGUUCCGCACAUUCCCAACGAGGGAUUCGAGGACUACAAGCAUCACAAGGCCGAGGUUUAAACAUGAUUGGAAUGUAAAAGGGUCAUGGGUAUUCUCAGGUGUUCUACAAGGAAUCCAUGAGCUCCGGAGCCUCAUUCAAAGUGUGCUCGUCGGCCGACGAAAGCAACGACUGCUCGAACGGACUGCUCAUAACCACUUCGGUGUCCGACCAUCUGACCUACUUCGAAAAGGACGUUUCCGAGUGGGGAGAGGCCGGAUGCAACUGA